GGCGCGUGGGUCGGAAGCGCCGCGGCGGCGGCGGGGGAGCGGAAAAUGGCGACGGCCGCGCAGCUCACGGAUGAGGAGCUCUUCUCAGAGCUGAGGCGCUUCGGCUUCUCCCCGGGGCCGGUCACCGAGAGCACCCGGCCCGUCUAUCUGAAGAAGCUGAAGAAGCUGCGCGAAGAUGAACGGGCCGGGGCCCGCGGCGGCGGCGCCAACAAGACCCGGAACAGCAACAACAAUAACACGGGAGCCGGAGCGGCGCCGGGUGGAGGCGGCGGCCCCGGGCGGGCGGCCCCGGGAGCGCGGCUGGUCGGCGCCGAGCACCCCUUCCUCGCCGGGGCCGCCGCCGGAGGUGGCCGGGGCCGCGCCGCACCCCCCGCCGGUGGCGGCAAAGUGCUGCUGGGCUUCAGCUCGGACGAGUCGGACGUGGAGAGCAGCCCCCGGAGCCAGGCCGGCGGCAGGAGGGAGCGCGCUGCGCCCCUCUACCGCGGCCUCAGGCCCGCCGCCCCCCACGGCGCCGGCGGCCUGAGCAGCAGCUCCCCCCCGGAGGAGGCGGCCCGGCGGAAGCCCAACGCCUGGUGGGGGGCGGCUGCCAGGAGACCGGCGGCGACUCAGGGUGUGAGGGAGCUCGGGGACGGCGAGGAGGAGGACGACGAAGAGGAGGAGGAGAAGGAGAGCGAGCAGCAGAGGUGGAAGAACCGGACCGUGAACGGGAACCGGCUCUUCUCCUACGGAGGCAGCAGGGACAAGUACUCGGACUCGGAGGAGGAGGAGGCGGCGGGGGCGAGGGCCAAACAGCAGGGACCGAAGGAGGAGUCUGCAGUUCGCCGGCCCAGACGGAGCCUCAGCAAGUCGCCUGCUCCAUUCAUAACAAGCAAAUGCGCUGCAGCCGGCGCUGGCGUGAUGGAGACGGGCCAAGAAAGGGCUGGCGGAGGCUGCGGUGCUGGUGUGCUCGUAACGAAUGACAGGGCGGCGGGGGCGGCUGCUGCCGGCAGUCUAGACAGGGGCAGAAAUCAGGAGGAGGAGGAGGAGGCGGCGGUGGUGGGGGGGGGAAGAGGAGGAUGUGAAAAUCUGGACUCUAGUCCUCCGAGCCCCAGAUACCGCAUUGGGCUAUCCAAGAAAUCCCCAUCAGUAUUGUUGCUGCCACCACCGCUCACGGACGUGGACAGCGGCAAAAUCACUGACCCUCCAGCCACCAUUAGGAAAGCGACCAAUAAUCAUGUUCUCAGCGGUGCUCCUGGUAGCUGUAGUGUUGAAUCCAGGAUCUAUUCAUCUACUAAUAGCCUUCCCCCGGGUGGAACCCCCUCCUCCCUUAGACUCAACCACUCCAAUCAUACGGGUUCAAAUCAUACCUACCUGAAAAACACCUACAAGAAGAAUCUCUCUGAGCCCGAGGAGGAGCUUCUCCAGCAGUUCAAAAGAGAGGAGGUAUCCACCACUGGAGGCUUCAGUGCACAUUACCUGUCCAUGUUCCUCUUAACUGCUGCAUGCUUGUUCUUUCUGAUACUGGGAUUCACAUACCUGAGAAUGAGAGGUUCUGGAGUAGCUGAGGAUGUGGGAGCCAACAUCAAGGAUCCCUUUAGUGAAGAACUCCAAAAAAUACAAGAAGAUGAGAUAAGUCUCAUGAUGAAGAGCUUGUAUGCACUUCAUGAUAAAUUGGCGCAAGUAGCAGGGGAACAUGAAUGUGGCAGCUCUAUUCAAAGAAACCUUUCCGUCCAAGAGGCAGCUGCAUAUUUAAAAAAUUUAGAUCCAGAAUAUGAAAGUGUACUUAACACAUCAUUACAAUGGAUCUUGAAUAGUGGAGAAGAUGUUGGCAUAAAGUGUCUCAGCAAUGACCCUAAUGAGAUGGAUGUCACUAAUGUGACAGAUGUGAAGUAUCUGGAAUCCACUAGUCCAAAGAUGUCUUUCAGGUGUCGUUUUCGCCGUGCAUUUGUUAAUGUAACUCACAAAUUAUCAAUAUUGCUUUGGGGUAUAGCAAUGGUUUGGGGAGUCUUACACUACAUGAAAUACCGUUGGGCAAAAGAGGAAGAAGAAACAAAGCAGAUGUAUGAUAUGGUGGUGAAAAUCAUAGAUGUUUUAAGAAGCCACAGCGAGGCAUGUUCUGAAAAUAAAGAGUUGCAGCCUUAUAUGCCAAUUUUACAUGUGCGUGAUUCUCUAAUACCACCUCAGGACAGGCGGAAGAUGAAUAAAGUCUGGAACAGAGCAGUUGACUUUCUUGCAGCAAAUGAAUCUAGAGUUCGUACAGAGACAAGAAGAGUUGGUGGUGCUGAGUUCUUGGUUUGGAAGUGGAUGCAGCCUUCUGCAGCAUGUGACAAAAUUUUAGUAAUACCAUCGAAAGUAUGGCAAGGCCAAGCAUUUCAUCUAGAUAGAAGAAAUUCACCACCAAACAGCUUGACACCAUGUCUAAAGAUUCGCAAUAUGUUUGAUCCAGUUAUGGAAAUAGGUGAUCACUGGCAUCUAGCAAUUCAAGAAGCAAUCUUGGAGAAAUGUAGUGAUAAUGAUGGAAUUGUUCAUAUUGCCGUAGACAAAAAUUCACGUGAGGGCUGUGUAUAUGUCAAGUGUCUCUCCCCGGAGUAUGCUGGAAAGGCUUUCAAGGCAUUACAUGGCUCUUGGUUUGAUGGAAAGCUGGUAACAGUAAAAUACCUGCGACUAGAUCGGUAUCAUCAUCGUUUUCCCCAGGCUCUUACUUGUAACACUCCACUGAAGCCAUCAAACAAACACAUGAACUCUAUGUCACAUCUGCGUCUUCGGACAGGCACAACUAACUCUCAGGGAAGUUCCUGAGAAAACUUUCUACAACUGCUAGGACUGUUACUUGCAACAGGAAUGUUCCUGUUUGGCUGCCGUCUUCCUUUUUUAGUGCUUUUUCUAUGUAAUACUUUAAAGAAUUAAAUAAAAGUUUCAACGUUCCAGAAGUCUUGUUUCCAAAGGGACUUAGCAAUGAGGCAGUAAUACUGAGCUGACAAAAAA